AUGGGGCACAUAAACAGAGAUUUUUUUACGCUGGACCUCUCGAAGGACUUCGUCGUCGCAGAUACACCUUUCGUCGGCCUUCCCGUCCCACCGAUACCAGGUCCUGCGAAGGUGUUACAGGGGUCAUUUUGGGUAAAUGAAGCCGAGUCGAAAUUUACAUUCUAUGGGGGAUCCUUUAGCCCAAAUCCACAGAAUAGAACGGAUAUCGUCGAGCCACUUAGUUUUUGGAGCUAUCACCCACUUACGUCGACAUGGGGCGAGGAGGAAGCUCGCGGAAAUUCGGUUCUACGGGCUUCUCGUGGUGCUUCCACUUACUACAAGGAUAUUGGAUAUUAUCGCGGUGGGCAGGUUGACAACUCUACCACUCCAAACUGGCCAGGCGGAGACGCUGAAGCAGUAAUCCUUUCCGGGAUGCUCAAAAUUGACCUUGCGACGACUACAAUUACCAAUGAGACACGGGCGUUGGGAUACGAUGUUUUCAAAUUUGAAAUUCCUGGGUUGCGGUAUCGAGAUGGGAAUUUGAUUCCGAUUACUUUUAAUAAUAAAGAUUAUCUUAUCAACUUCGCAGGCGGAGGCCAAAAAGGAAAUGGUCUUCCACUAGGAGAUGUGUACGUCUACGAUAUUGAGCGAUCGUCAUGGUAUCGACAACCUACUUCUGGGGGGCCGCCCAAAAACACACGUGGGGGCUGUGCAGUGGCUAAUUAUGCUCCGGAUAACUCAUCGAUCCAAAUAAUAUUCUAUGGUGGUAUCAGUUAUAACUUAGGGUUGGGAGACUUUGAGGCGGUCGAUAGUAUGUGGAUACUGACAAUACCCGGGUUUGAAUGGGUUCCCGUCGACCCUAGAAAUAAACCACAAGGACCUGGUACAAGACAAGACCAUACGUGCCACGUCCGCGGUUCACAGAUGCUCCUCGUGGGCGGACGAAAUGAUUCCAGUAUCUGUGAAGGAUCUGGAAUGUGGGUUUUCGACACGUCGAAAUUAGAAUGGCAGGCCUCAUAUGUGGCCAAUAUCCCCUACGCUGUGCCUACAAUAAUAUCGAGUGUAAUUGGUGGGAGUUCCAACGGAGGUGCAUCGUGGGACGGCCUGCCUAAAGUAGCACCCCCAGAUACCGAUUCGCCCUUUUUUGACAUAACUGGGAGCAAAGCCUCCGGUAAAAAGCCUCCUUCGGCUGGUGUAAUUGCUGGCAGUGUAAUUGGGGGUUUAGUAGGAAUUGGGCUUAUCGGUCUCGUCAUAUGGUAUUUUUAUAGACGCCAUAGAGAGCAAAAGCUAGACGAAGCUCCGCUUCCGCCGCAGAUAGAAGACCAAGGGCUUGACCCGGCGAAGACUGUAUACGGUGGACCACCCCCCAACGAAAUAUCUGAACUUGGAAGUCCAGUGCCCUCAUCACUAGCGCCGAGAUACAGCACUUUGAGUGGAUAUAAUGAACCCGCACAACUACACGGGGACUCUGCAUUUCCAGUCGAGUUAUACAGUCCGCCUUUAGGUCAUGAGUUGUCGUCAGAAUCAAGAGGGGUUUAUGAAGUACAAAGUAAGAACACGAUAGGGAGUGAUGGCGAUGCAACAAAUGAAGGAGGUUCAGCGGCAUAUGAACCGCUCCCAGAGGCGCCAGUACCACCCCCAGUUGGAAGAAACUAG